UUCGGACACUGGAUUUAUUUUUCGUGAGUAAAACGAACGAGGAAGUUUAUAAGUUCGUUUUCCUUUUACUAUAUCCGAGGUUAUGGAUUUAAUGUGAAGUGAAAAUAAUGCUUAUAAUAGGAAAUUUUUGGUUCAACAGCAGCUACCUGGAGGUGCUUUCAUGAGAAAUCAUCAAUGCCCUGCAUUCUUCAGGAAAAUAAUUAACGAGAUGAAUACGCUCUGGCUCCCAGUGGCUCUGGUGGCGGCCCAUCUGUCCACUGCUGCAGGAGCUUCCUCAGAAUCCCCAAGGGCAGAUCCCUCCUACAAGGUGCUGGUGUUGGGUCCCAUCGGGAGUAGGAGCCUCUACUACCUGACGAAGUCCCUCUCGGAAGCCCUUGGCGACGCUGGGCACACCGUCAUGCUCGUGUCUACUUUUGAACCCUCAUCCACCCAUCCGAACGUCACAGAAACCCCAACGGGAGCGCCCAUCGAGUAUCUGGAGGGCUUCAACAUCUUCGAGUACCGGGGAAUGUUCAGCAUCUUCAACUGGAUCGUGAAUGUCACCACCAACGUCGGAAGAACGAUGUGGCGGAACGCGGACAUCCGGAAGCUCUGGGAAAGAAGAAGAGAGUUCGACGCCAUCGUCAUCAUCAGCUACGUCAAUGAGAUAGCCCUCCCCUUCCUGCUGGACUUCGAGGGCGUCUACGUCGACUUGUGCACGCCCGGCGUGGAGAUCUUCACUAUUGCCAGGCAGGGGAACUGGCUCCCCCUGUCCGUCACGCCCUCAAUCCUGCUGUCCUUCGACGAGCACAUGACCUUCUGGGAGAGGCUAGUGAAUCCUUGGGUGGCGUGGGCCACCUACGAGCUCUACAUGCGCACAACCCUGCCGAUCAUCAGGAGCAUUGUGGAGGAGUUCUUCCCUCAGAUGCCAUCUAUACCCGAGCUCUAUGACAGCAGCCACUUGACUCUAAUUAAUGGACAUUUUGCCCUGGAUGGGCCUGUCCCUCUGCUGCCCACUCAGGUGGAAAUUGGAACUAUAAAUGCUAGGCCACCGAAGCCGUUGCCUAAUGACCUGGAAGAAUUUGCAAACUCCUCAGGCGAACAGGGUAUCCUGUACUUCAGUCUAGGCAGCAUUGCUAAAGCCAAGGACAUACCCCUUCAGAAUAAGCUGAUGUUCUUGGAGACGUUUCGUCGUGUGCCCCAAAAGGUCAUUUGGAAAUACGAAGGGGACGACUUGGACCUCCCUCCCAACGUCAUCACCAGGAGCUGGUUGCCACAGCAGGACAUUCUUGGUCACCCGAAAACCAAGCUCUUCAUAUCCCACUGUGGGAACCUAGGGACACAGGAAGCCAAGUAUCACGGUCCAGUCCUUGCCGUUCCAGUGAGCUUCGACCAGCACAGAAAUGCGGCUCGCAUGGCCAGCAAGGGCUUUGGGCUGGUGGUCAACUGGGAGGACAUGACCACUGAAAGUAUAUUGGAGGCUAUCCAGACUCUCCUGCACAAUCCAUCCUAUGCAGCCAAGCUGAAGCAGGUGUCGGAAGCCUUGAAGGACCAAAAGGAGAGCCCGAAAGAGAGAGCCGCUUGGUGGGUGGAAUACGCCAUCCGUCACAACCUGCGUAAUGCUUCUCACUUCGAGUACGCAGGCAGGAAACUGCACUUCCUGCAGUACGUGGGAGCAGACGUAAUAGUAUUCUGGGCAGUGGCUCUCCACUUCUGGAUAGCACUCUGCUACUACCUCUGCCCGGGAAGGUGCAGGUGCUGCCCUCAGAGAAGGAAAAGUAAGAAGAAGAAGAUGAGUUAGGAGUAGUUUAGAGGAAAACAGUAGCAGCCAGAUCUUCUACUAAAAUAAAGAAGAGGAGGAAAACAGUAGUUGGAUGUCUGUGAUAAACAGUUGUAGCUUUUUUUGUGUUGUUUCUCACUCUAGUAGCUCAGGUUUCAAGGCAUGAAGGAUAAACUUGGGUGUCUUAUUGUGACCCACUGAGAUUCCCAAGUUUCCAAACGUUGGAUUUUGAAAGGCCAGGCUGUCGGCCUUACGUCCAUGAUAUGAAGAUUUGCAUAGAGAAUAUAGAACAAGAAAAUACUUAAUAUAUUUGAGAGAGAGAGAGAGAGAGAGAGAGAGAGAGAGAGAGAGAGAG